AUGAAAGAAAUGAAAGAAGAAUCAAAAAAACGGGUUAACAUAUGGCCUAAACCAAAAAAAUCUGAAAUUCGUCUUCACUACCAGCGUCAUCUUAUUACUUAUGCAGAUCAAUUCAAUUCUGUGAUUAUUUCGAGAUCCUUCAAAGUCACUUCAAUGGUGAACACAUCAAAUCCAUCGAAUGAAGCUGAACUUCAAUUGUACAGAGUUCUUCAGCGUGCUAGUUUGCUUGCAUAUUAUGACACUCUCUUGGAAAUGGGUGGUGAUGAUGUGCAACAACUUUGUGAUGCAGGAGAAGAAGAAUUUCUCGAAAUUAUGGCUUUAGUAGGAAUGGCAUCAAAGCCUUUACAUGUUCGAAGAUUGCAAAAAGCGCUUCACGAAUGGAUGACAAAUCCAUCACUUUUUCAAUCUCCCAUGCCAACAAGUAGUGAAAUUCCGCCUCCAAUUCAUUUCAAUCCCGAACCAGGAAGCAUUUCACAACAAUUACAGCAACAGAGAUCAAUUGGUGCUUCUUAUAGUGGAAUUAAUCCAAGCUUCUCAAGUCCACAUGCAGGUUCAUCGCAUGCAGCUUCUUCACAUGGUUUUUGUAGUUUAACUUCGUCGACUUUUGGAACUCCACCAACAAUUUCGUCAUCAUCCUCGACUUCUUCCAAUGUUGCUUCACUUAAUCCAACAUUAACUGAUUCUCAAAUUGGAAGAAUUGUAACAUCCGCUGAACGUUUAGCUCGAACUCUUCCCCAAUAUGAGCCAAGAACUCAAAAUAUCAAAAAGAGAUCAGCACGUGAACUCGAGCAAGUGAUUGCGAUGAAUGAAUCAGAUCCUCGAAGAAUGGAUGAGAUAAGAAAAUAUUCAGCAAUUUAUGGUCGAUUUGAUUGCAAAAGAAAACCAGAAAAGCCACUAACAUUGCAUGAAGUGUGUGUGAAUGAAGCGGCAGCUCAAAUUUGUAAAUUUAUUCCAGCAUUGCUAACGCGUCGUGAUGAACUUUUCCCUUUAGCUCGUCGUGUUGUUAGAGAUUCAGGCUUUGGUCAUUCAGCCACCAUUCGUUUAAUGAGUCAAGGACAAUCAAAUCGAAAUGAAGAAUUGGAACAGCAAAGUAAAAGAUCGCGUUUGGCUAGUAGCGGUUCGGGGUCGGAAAUGGGAAAAGUGACAACGAAAUUGUCGCUGGUGUUGAGUGCAUCGCAACAUAUCAAUCAGCAGCAGUUGAAAGAUUCGUUCAUGAAGAACUUCAGUCGUUAUUCGACGUCAGAUUUUGAAGACACUGAUUCAAGAUUCUCCUUCAGUUCCAGUUCGUCGCCAGUUCAUAACGGUAACAAUGAUCGCGAUUCAAUCGACACAACAUCAGAAUAUUUUGACAAAGGUAAUGAUGACAACCAGAAAUCUCUGGAAACGAGUCCUUUGGGCGUUCAAGUGAUUUCAUCAUCAGGUGGUCACAUCAUUGCAGUCGCAAAUCCGGCAUUAGCUUUGAGUCCGACAUUUUCUGAAACAAUUUCCAAUAUUAAACGAGAAGUUGUUUCUCCCGAUAUUUAA